AUGGCCCAUGGCCCGCAGCCGACCGGCAUGUUCGGACCAUCUGCCGGGUCAUCCUUACGACAGCCAAACGGCCUGUCUAGCUCGUCUUCGCAAAACUCGUCCAUUCUUGCUGCCCGAGUCGCCGCUAAAAAGGCUGAGCUUGAAGACCUUGUACAGCUGCGCGAUGUCAGUAGCGCGUUGGCGACCCAAAUGGAAGUAUUAAACGGGAAACUUGAAACACUACGUGAUGGCACAGAAGCUGUUGCUUGUGUUAUGGCAAAUUGGGAGAAUGUGUUGAGGGCUAUCAAUAUGGCGUCGGCGACAAUGACUCGGACCAACAACAGAGCUGUUGAAUCAACACAUCAACAGGGCAGCAUUGACAACCCUCAGGGGUCCUCCCUCCCCGCUCCGCUAGUGCGCAUCCCAGCUGAACCGCUGGAAUCAACUCCAGGAAACGAGCCUUAGAGAUUGGUAAUGAUACCCCGAGAACAAAAAGGGUCAGGGUAUGCAAUUCUUUCUCCGAUAAUAUAUCUGGGGUUUUGGAGAAGAGUAGGCAGCGUCGGACGGACCGGCUCCCUAUAUCGGUGCAUGAUCCUCACAUAUUAGUUACUGUGCCUAGCGCCCUGGUUUCGUUCUCCUUUGACUACCCUCUAUGGCGGGAUACGCAGUUCUUCCUGUUGGUUCAAUUGUCGCAUUAGCG